CCGCUCCCCUUUUGAGCAGCUGUGCCACAAACAAAUAAAAAUCGUCACAUGAUUGUGCGGAAGUACUAACGAUCCAAACACACAACAAGAUGGCAUUACACCCGGGAGGAGGUGAUAAAGGUAAUACCACAGACCAGAUACUGGAAGUGGGAGCUGUUUUGUUAAAAGAUUUCAUUUAUGAGCGGGUUCGGCGGCAUGGAGAAGGUAAUGCCACAGUUACAAGGGCACAGCUGGGUGGAGGAGAGAUAUGUGACCCAAGCCAUAAGGAGCUUGCCAAGUGCCUACAGAAGAUUGGUGACGAGCUGGAUGGAAAUGUAGAGCUCCGAAGGAUGAUAAACAGUUCUUCGCUCAGCCCCACAAAAGACAUGUUUGUGAAAGUAGCCGUGGAGAUCUUUUCAGAUGGGAAGUUCAACUGGGGCCGGGUGGUUGCUCUGUUCUACUUCGCCUGUCGCCUUGUCAUUAAAGCUCUUGUGACCCAAGUUCCUGAUAUUAUCAGAACAAUAAUCAGCUGGACCAUAGACUACCUCCGGGAAAAUGUAAUCAACUGGAUCAGGGAGCAAGGCGGCUGGGAGGGCAUUCGGUCCUACUUCGGCACUCCCACGUGGCAGACUGUUGGAGUUUUCCUGGCGGGUGUUCUCACUGCUGUUGUAGUCAUUCGCAAGAUGUGAGGGGUAGGAGGAGAGCUGACAUGAGCAGGAUAGGAAUAUAAGUGCAACCCAAGGAAAAGGUGAAGAAUGUGGCAGAACAUUUGAAAGAAAACCGAAGAAGGUAAUGGCAGAGUGAACAAGUGGAACAAGAAGAAUCUUCAAGGAAUUUGGACACAAGGAGCGACUUUUCGCUUCCACCUUCCUUUUAUUUCCAAGAUGGAGUCAGACUGAACGCAGUGCUGUACACAUGAUCCCUAAGCCACUGAGGGAGUAAGCGAUGCAUGAUUUCAUGCACAAGAUGGUGGGGUUGGAGAUUUGGUCAGACUUGAAGAGAAAUGCUUUUAAUUAAUUUAUUUUUUACUCAGUACAGGUAUAGACAAGUCACUGCAACAUGUUUUCUGCCCAUACACAGGCAGAAUUUUUCUUUCCUUUUUUCCAUAUUCAA